UAUACUUGGCAUGCAAGCUUUGUGUUAAAACUGGUUGAUUCAUACGAUGAAAAUUCUGUCUGAAUGGAUUGAAUAUGAAAAAAGUUAUAUGAAUAUUUAACUUACAUUUAAUCAGGAGUUUUGAAAACUUAUGACAAAGAUGAUCCCUGGCAAAAUGGUUACGUUUGCUGUUCUGUGUAUGCUUGUUCGAGUUGUCUGUACACAGGAGUGUUCAACAUGUCAGUGUUGUGCAGACGGCAUAUUCCAUAAAUGUUCUAGUAGAGGCUACUGCAAUUACGGAUGCAUAGACGGGUAUUAUGGAGAAAAAUGUAACUACGAAUGUACUUCUCAGAAUUGCCUAAGUUGUGAUCGACAUCAUGGUAAAAAUUGUUUAAAAUGUAUAUCCGGAUACUUUUUGCGGAACUAUACUUGUUAUGAAUGUGGAUCACAAUGCCAAUCAUGCUCUUCAUACGGCUGCAACUCGUGCUCUGGCGGCUACUGGGGAAACACAUGUGAUGCACAAUGUAUGCAAAACUGUGCUUCGUGUAAUAAAUAUGAUGGUCAUUGUCUGUUCUGUGAGUCUGGAUACUACGUUUAUUAUCGCAAAUGCACCACUUGUGGUUAUCAUUGUGCAGAGUGUGGCUCAAGUGGGUGUACAUCGUGUCAUGACGGAUACUGGGGAAGUACAUGUAAUGAAAUCUGUGGGCAAAACUGUGCAUCGUGUAGUAAAUCGGAUGGUAAUUGUUUGUCCUGUUCUUCAGGAUAUUGGGGAAACACAUGUGAAAAACCCUGUGGUCAUCACUGUUUAGCAUGCGAUGAAAGGAACGGCAGAUGUUUAUCUUGUGAACAUGGAUAUUUGGGUCAUCCGUGCACUGAAUGUAGGAGGGACAUGUGCAUCAAUCAGUUUGAUUGCGACUUAUGCUCAAAUAUUUCUUUUUAUGCAAAAAGUGGUGUCUGCUGCUUAUGUAGCCUAGAUAAUUGUGUUUCCUGCUCGAAGGCUUUGGAUACUGUUAAAUGCAAGAUUUGCAAACAAGGAUAUUAUCCACAGAUUAAUGGACAGUGUGAGCUUUGCAAUUCAUAUUGUUUCAAAAACGAGUGUGAUUCGUUUUCUGGAGAAUGUCUGCAUGGAUGCAUUAAUGGAUACUGGAACAAAACCUGUGACACAAAGUGUGAACCAGAAUGCUUAUCUUGCAAUCAAGCAGAUGGAUCGUGUUCACAUUGCAAGAACACUUCAAAAUAUGGACCUAACUGUAGAAGCGAAUGCAGCAACACCUGUAAGAACUCCAAGUGUGACAAUAACGAGAAUUGUAUGAAUGGAUGCAUUCAAAAUACGUUUGGAGAGAAAUGUGAAAACAAAUGUGAUGGUUCCUGUUCACCGAAGGACAACAGAACCAGUUGUUCUGAAAAGACUGGAAUGUGUUUAUACGGCUGCCAAACUAGAUACAAAGGAAAAUUUUGUCCAAAAGACGUUGGAAAUAGAAGUGAAAAACAGACCACAUUGAAAGCAGCACUUGGAUGCGGUCUUGGCGUAGGCAUUAUGACGCUUAUAGUCCUUGCAAUAAUUGCAGUGUUUUGGUUUCGAAAAAGGCGAAGGUCGAACACGGAACGCAAUAAUUCACUUCAUGACGCCCGAAAAGAUUAUGACACAGUGGAUGCUAAUUUUCGUGAGGCUGAGCUCAAUGAACUUAGGUAUGAGGCUCUUCAAGGAACAGGUGUUCACACGAUGGAUCAAACAACUUACUAUUCAAACGUCGCUGAAAAAGUAAACGACAUCAUCACAUACCAAAAUGUUCAUGGCGGAUCAUUAUCUGAUUGAGUCUUUACACAGAAAGACAGUGUUUCCAAUAGUGAUGGCGGAUCAUUAUCUGAUUGAGUCUUUACACAGAAAGACAGUGUUUCCGGUGAUGAUGGCAGCAACUGUGAUCAGACAAAAGUAAAAUAGGACACACACGAAAAAUAGUUAUUUCUCAUAUUGUUAAUUCAAGUUUGCAGGUCAUAUAUUGUAUGUCGUUAUCAAAAUCAUAAUACAUGUUGACGGUUAAACAGACAUAGACUUUGUUUUAGUGAAAAAGUGAUUGAUAUAUAAAAAUUUCAUGUAUUUUUAUUCAGAGCCAUAUAUAAAACCAAUGUA